AAUUCGGGCCACAUUAACUCACGUGUCACCAAAUUUCACUUAUCUGAACAAGUUCCGUCGUUGUCCAAAAACCCAUCAAACAUCACAAAUCAAUAAAACCCAUUAUGCACGUCUUAAAAACACCGAAUUCGAGAAUGAGUGCACCCGAACUCGUCAAUCACGAUUUUAAAGCACCGUUCAUAUAAAUACAAACCCGAAACUGGCCCAGUUUAGUCCAAAAAUGGCCACGAAAUUGUCCAUUCUUCUAGUGAAACUUGCCCUCAUUGUGCCCAUCAAAUGUGACGGUUAUUCGUACCCCCAACCCCCGUUUCAAUUCGACGAUCCUUCACCCUCACCACCCCCAAUUUACUUACCACCCCCAACACCCACAUACUUGCCGCCCCCGAUCCCGCCCCUCCAAGACGAGCUAAUCCCGCCCGAAGACGGAAUCGUCAUCUCAGCGCCCCCCAACCAGUACCUGCCCCCUGUUAAAACACCCCUGCAAGUCCUAAACAUGUCGUGUUUGGACUCGAAGGACGGGAUUGGGUUUUUCCGGGCUUUCCUCCGGUCGAAUUCGCGGGGUUUCCCCGUGAUGGACUCCUCUGAGUGUGCUUUAACCCCCACGGGUUUGGACGUCUUCCGAGUUGACCUCGAGGGGCAAAAAAUGACCGAUUGUGGCAUUAGGACGUGCGGGGUCCGGAUGUGUCUAGUGCUACGUAUGGCCACAAUUCCGGGCUUGAGACUAAUCGACGAUACUCUAGUGACCUUGCAGUGCAUUCCGCAGGAGACGGUGGUGACACACACCAAACACUUGCGACUCAAUGGACAACCCUCAGAACAGGGAAGGUCUAAUUCCAAGUCCAUUUCUGUCGCCUCUGGAGGCAAUCAGCGCAAAUUCGACAGUGUGGUCACCCUCUGGAGGAAGAAUAAUGGGGUUUUUGACCAGCCGGUCCACCAAGGCAGUGCCGUUCGUCUAGGGGAUGAAUUGAUGUUGCGGACAGCGGUACGGGAGGGCGACGGCUGGAAAUCGUGCCGCCUGGGCACCGUGAUCAUCCGCAGCGCCUCCUCGCAGCGCUCCGUCGUGCUCGUGGACGAGCACGGCUGCCGCAACCCCACAAUCCGCUCCAUCUGCCCCCAACACCCCCAACAAACCGGCCCCUUAUCCGUCCAAUUCCCAUUCCGCGCCUUCUUAUUCCAAGGCGCCGCCCCCGCCGACGACCUCCUGCUUUCAGUGCGGAUGUCGGCCUGCCUCCGCCCCCGAGACUGCCAAACCCGCCUCUGCGAAGAAGGCACCCGGAUUCGGCGAUCAACCGCCAAUUUUUCCGUCGACUGGGAAUCCCAGAUUCAAUUCCGGGUACUUCCCCCCGAUUCGCCCCACUCGCCCAAUGGGCACAAAUGGGCCGUUCUGGGUCUGGGCGUCGUCGUCGUGGUGCUAGGCUGUGGCUUCGUAGGGUUAAUGGUCAAGAGAGUUUGAUACAAUGUAGAUGUCAAUAAUUAAUUGACACUACCGCCAUGCGAAAAUUGGUUUUUAAUCGUUUGUGUUAAUUGCUUGUAAUUGUUUUGUCGUUGUUGUUAAUAAAUCGAGACGGAA